GGAGUCCUUCUUCUUCUAUUUCUUGUUGAUAUGUAGGGCGAACAUACACCGUGAUGCUAGCCGUCGACCGAGGAAGCUUUGUGACGACAAUGCAAGCGCCCAUUGAAGCGCGCGGCUGCUCAGCCUUUCGUGAAGCGUUCCGUCUCGACCCUCCCGCAAGUACCGACCGCGGCGCAGGUCAUCUGGAGAGCUGUGCAACCAGGGCGGCUGAUUGACGAGCGCACAUUGGCCUUGCAAACGAAGAUCGAAAAGCCACACCACGUUCGUCAGAACACAAGCACGCGAGCUCGCGUGCUCACCCAAAUGCAGCCGGCUCCCAGGUCGCAAUAAUGACCAGUGAGAUGCGAGCGUGGGCGCUGCCCGCCCAUGUAGCAGCAGAUGCCGUCUUCACAGUCGCGCUCUCCACCACAAAGUGCUACACCAAGCUCCAUACCGGACAAUCGACUGGGCUUGUCGCCGCAAGAUGUGGCCAUUCUACGACAGCAUCAACAGCUCGCCCAUGCGCAGCAGCGAAGUCCGGCUGGCUCCCAGGCCAGCAGCCAAGGCAGGCUGCUACUGGAUCCCGGAAGCUUGCAGUUACUGUCAAGACACUUCGAUCGGGUGAUGCAAGCAAUUUCGCAAAGGCUGGAGCAGCUUCACCACGCAACAGAGAUCGCAACGCGCGCCCAGCACGACCGAACAGGAAAUGCCAUACAGGUCGCAGACGCGGGGAUCGCCCGCUUUCAUGCCAUUCUGCGGCAGAUCGACGAGCUAAACACGGAGUUUGACAAGAUUAAGAGAAUUCGAGAGAUUGUGCGUGGCUUUCGCGCCAGAGUGGAACAGCUGGGACGUCGACUGGGUUAGAUCACUUUGCAAGCUCACUCUCGCUGGCUGUUCUGGCUUCUAACAGGAACAAGCCACCAGCGGCGUUUGGGAAGAUGGGAACGCCCCACGGCGACGUUAUACCCUUGCGGAAAUGGAGUUUCGUAGAACGGAUAUCAACCAUUUCCAAUACUGUUUGAUCAUUGUUAACUUCCU